UUUUCUCCGGUUCCAUUAUCGGCGUGACUCAAAUCACAAUUCCACUGGGCAGUUGGAGACAAACUCAUUCGUCACAAGAUACGGGUUUACGCACUGUUCGAACAAAGAAUCCUUGAGAUAAAAUGGGAACUGUAUCAAAAAAUUGGGCAAAUAUUGUCUGGAUUUGCUUCGUUUUGUAUUUUGUUACAACAACCACUGCUUUGGAAUUCGACAUUUACCGGCAUGUUGAAGUACCGAAAACGAAAUAUGAGAAAUCUGACUCAGUGGUUCUCUAUAAAUACAUGAAUGCAGAGUAUUACAGUUUGAUCGGCGUUGGUCAUCCUAGUAAGGAAUUCAAAGUAACUUUUGACACGACCUGGGGUGAUACUUGGUUACCGUCUCAACAUUGUUCUUACCUCCAAAUUGCCUGCCUGAUUCACAACAAAUAUGACAGUUCAAAAUCAUCAACUUAUCAACAGGAUGGUCGUCCGUUUGAUGUUGCCAACAGUGAAAUGACAUUAAAAGGAUUCUUAUCUAUAGAUAAUUUCCAUCUGGCUCACCUAGAAAUAUGGAAUCAAACUUUUGUGGAAGUAACACAAAUGUCGAAUAUGCCAUUUCUAACAACUAUGGCGGAUGGGAUUGUUGGUUUAGGCUUUAAUGCCCUGAGCGUUGAGGGAACCAUACCUUUUUUUUACAAUCUCAUCAAACAAGCGAUCGUAGAUGAGCAAGUUUUCACAUUUUAUAUGAAUCGAGAUCCGACAACUGAAAAAGCUGGAAAACUUAUUCUCGGAGGAACAGAUCGAUCCAAUGCCAAAGGAAAUCUUACUUUUCUCCCUGUAAUUGAAAAAGCAUACUGGAAAGUACAAAUGGACAAAAUUAUCAUAGGCGAUACGAACCAAACACAGACGUUAUGCAAAAAUGGCUGUAAGGCUAUAUUCGAUACAAGCACUAAUCAAAUAAUUGGACCAACCGCUGAGAUUGAUCAAAUUAAUUAUUUGCUAAAUGCCAAAAAAUUUUCUCCAACCUGGCCAUACAGAUACAUGGUUGAUUGUCGUGAAUUCGCCAAACUGCCGCACAUAAGCUUUGUACUUGAUGGAAAGGAGCAUACCAUCGAGUCGAAGUACUACAUUCAACACAUGACAUGGCACGGUUUCACAAUGUGUUUGUCACCUUUCACGACGAGCAAGAAUGAUUUUUGGAUCCUGGGCGGUGCAUUUUUGAUGCAAUUUUACUCCGAAUUCGAUUUUCAAAAUGGUCACGUUGGCAUAGCAGAGACAAAAUAUUAUUCUGAAGCAAAAUCUGGUUAUUUCAUGACGAUGGCGUUAUUUGUUUCAGUUCAUACUCGAGUAAUAUUUAUUAAUCUAAUAAAAAUGUGGCGUAUUCUAGCAUGGAUCGCCCUUUUCGGAGCAGUAACAACAGCGGAUUUGUUGCGCAUUCCGGUAUACAAAAUAGAAAGUUCUCGAAGACAAUUGAAAGCAGUAGGAACCGAAUUACAGCAACUUCGUUUGCGUUAUGGUGGUGGUAUGGUACCUGAACCACUUUCAAACUACAUGGAUGCUCAAUAUUAUGGGGAUAUAGCAAUUGGCACUCCUCCACAAAAAUUCUCUGUCGUUUUUGACACUGGUUCAUCUAAUCUUUGGAUACCCUCGAAGAAAUGCUAUUACACAAAUGUUGCUUGUUUGCUCCACAGAAAAUACAACAGCAAAAUGUCCAGUACCUACAAGCCUAACAACACACAAUUUGACAUUCACUACGGAUCUGGCAGUCUUUCAGGAUUCUUGUCAACCGAUGUUGUUAACGUUGCUGGUGUCAACAUUGCUGACCAAACGUUUGCUGAAGCUUUGAGCGAACCUGGUCUUGCCUUUGUUGCGGCUAAAUUUGAUGGUAUCCUUGGAAUGGCUUAUUCCAACAUUGCUGUGGAUGGUGUUAUGCCACCAUUUUACAAUAUGGUUAAACAAGGAUUGGUCCCCCAGGCGGUAUUCAGUUUUUAUUUGAACAGAGAUCCCAAGGCUACGGUUGGUGGAGAAAUGGUUCUCGGAGGCUCUGACCCUGAACACUAUGAGGGUGAAUUAGUUUAUGUUCCUGUCAGUCGUAAAGCCUACUGGCAAUUUAGAAUGGACAAAAUGAAAAUUGGUGAUAAAACAUUCUGCGAAAACGGAUGUGAGGCUAUCGCAGAUACAGGCACCUCUCUCAUUGCUGGACCAGUCGCCGAAGUGGAAAAAAUUAACAGAGCUAUCGGGGCAACUCCAAUAGCGGCUGGUGAAUCAAUGGUCGACUGCGGUUUAAUUUCCAAAUUACCGGAAAUCGAGUUCGUUUUGGGUGGUGAAACUUUUGCUCUCAGUGGCAAAGACUACAUCCUUCAGGUGAGUGCGUUGGGCAAAACAGUAUGCCUGAGUGGUUUCAUGGGUAUCGAUAUUCCACCACCCAAUGGACCACUUUGGAUUUUGGGAGACGUUUUCAUCGGACGUUUCUACACCGAAUUCGACAUGGAAAAAAAUCGUGUUGGUUUUGCAACUGCAAAAUAGUGUAUUUAAUUCUUUUGACCAUCGAAUUAUCGGAACUAAUUACUUUUUAUUCAAAAAGAGUCGUGUAAACUCCCGUGAUUGGGCUCCCAAUAGUUUUUCCAGAUUUAACAAGGGAACGUAUUUUUCGUAAUUUUACCGACUCUGCUACCAUUUUACCGCAUCGUACAUAGACGAUGGGACAUUUAUUGAAAUUAUUGCAUUAUCUUAUCGAUUAAUUCAUUGUGAUAGAAACAAAAAAAAUAGAAUUAAAAAAAAAAUUAGUA